UUUAAACUCGCGACUCGCGCAGAGUUCUUCGGAAUUCACAGAGCCUCUUCCUUGUUCUUCUCUCAUUCCAUCGAUCGAGUCCUGUUCUUCUGAUGCAGAGAGACCGACAAAGAGGGCAUCGUCGGAAUUUUUUGUUCUCCGGUCGCCGCCGGUUCUUCUGAUGGCGAUCUUGGACCGGCAGAAGCCGCGCUCCGACAAGAAACUGCUCAGGUUUUGUCCGUUUUGGAGGAUGGGAAGAACUUCCUCGUCUUCGUCGUCUAUGCAGCACCUCAACAACAUUAACUACAGUGGCCGCCAUGGCAAUCGAAAUCCGGAGGUUUCCGGCUGCUCCAGGCCAUCCUCCGCCUUGACUGUCUCCUCCGUCGCCAGAUCACUCCUCCCCCGUCGCCGUCGUCUCCGGCUAGAUCCUUCCAGUUACCUCUAUUUUCCUUAUGAACCUGGUAAACAGGUACGGAGCGCGAUCAAACUGAAGAACACAAGCAAAUCUCAUACUGCAUUUAAGUUUCAAACAACGGCACCAAAGAGUUGUUACAUGCGUCCUCCCGGUGGGAUCUUGGCUCCGGGAGAGAGUAUUAUCGCUACCGUGUUCAAGUUUGUGGAACAGCCAGAAAACAAUGAAAAACAGCAGCUGGACCAGAAGAGCAAGGUUAAGUUUAAGAUUUUGAGCCUGAAGGUGAAACCAGGAAUGGAGUUUGUGCCUGAGCUGUUUGAUGAGCAAAGGGAUGAAGUAACGGUAGAGCGAAUCCUACGCGUCAUCUUUCUUGACGUAGAGCGCCCGAGCCAUGCAUUGGAUAAACUGAAGCGCCAACUGGCAGAAGCCGAAGCCGCACUGGAAGCUCGGAUGAAGAAGCCUCCUCCAGAUACAGGUCCUCGUGUUGUCGGUGACGGUCUUGUGAUAGAUGAGUGGAAGGAGAGAAGGGAGAAGUACCUUGCGAGGCAACAGGUCGAAGCCGUAGAUUCAUCCUAAAACACGAGGGCGAGCUCUUCUCGAAUGAAAUAACGCGGAAACUCGGUCUGAAUUCGCCCGAGUGCAGGCGAAUGAGUUUUGACAGUUACCCGAUUAGCUGCGUUUCGAUUAGAUUUCCAGUGGUAAGGCAGCCUGCAGAGAUAUCUAUCACUUGCUCCUUCCCUUUGGCUGUGUCUGUGUGUGUGUAUAUAACUCUCUCCCUUCUUUGUUUUUUUCCUCCUCGGCCAUGGAAAUAAACCUUAGAAUGGAAUUGGGGCAUAUCGUCAAAAUCAAAGCAUGGGUUGUGUCUUGUCUUUGUUUGUUUUUUUUUUCUCGUCUGUGUUUCUGUGUUUUGUGUAGUUUGUGAUUCACUUGGGUUUGCAUUAUUCUUAAAUUAUCAUUUUUCCAAUUUAUAUA